CAUGAGUUUUUAAUUCUCAGACCCCAUUAAAUAUUUCCCCUUUUUCUCUCCAUUAAGUAGUAUAUCAUUAUAAAGUUCCACGGCAAAAAAGAACAAUGGAAGCUAAUAGUAACUCUUUUCAUCUUGACUCUCUUUAUCUGCCCAUUAAGAUGUCUACUUUUUUGGAGGAACCAGACAACACUAGUCUACCAAAUUGUAUUUCUCAAUUUUACCAAACUGAAUCUAAUUUGCAAGAGUUCCCUGUUAGUAUGAGUAGUUCUCACGUGACAAACAAAAGCAAUUCUUCUUCAGUCGCAGAUAAAAGGGAAAAUAAGGAACCAAUAACUAAUUCAGUAGAUACAAAAAGAAAUAGUGAAGGGUCUUCUUCCAUGACCUCUGCUCAAUCUAAGAAUGUAAAAAAGGGUGAUGAUGGGAUAAAGCAAAGGAAAAGAAAUGGUAACGUAACCAAAGAGAAAAAAAUAAAGGAGAAGAAAGCCCCUGAAGAGGCCCCUACAGGAUAUGUUCAUGUUAGAGCAAGGAGGGGCCAGGCAACUGACAGCCACAGUCUUGCUGAAAGGGUAAGAAGGGAGAAAAUAAGUGAAAGGAUGAAGAUACUACAAGCACUUGUUCCUGGUUGUGACAAGGUUACUGGAAAGGCCCUCAUGUUGGAUGAGAUAAUCAACUAUGUCCGGUCCUUGCAAAACCAAGUUGAGUUUUUAUCCAUGAAGCUUGCUUCUUUGAACCCCAUGUACUAUGACUUCGGCAUGGAGUUAGACGCCCUCAUGGUCAGACCUCAUGAUCAGAGUUGGAGUGGCUUGGAAGCAGCAGUUGAAAACACAAAUAUUAGUGGCUAUCCUCUCCUGGAUAGUUCAACAUCAGUUAGUUUUCAACAAUUCCAUUUGCCAAAUUCCAUUUCUCAGGGAAAUGGACAGGUCUUAUGGGGUGUAGAUGACCAAAGACAAAAGAUGAUUAUUAAUCAUUCAGGAUUCAUCAGUAACAACAACAACAACUUGUGUUCCUUUCCAUCAAUAUGAGACCAGCUCUGCCCUACAAAAACAUCUGGUGAGAUGAUUUGUGCAGUAAUUUCGAAGGCUACGAUUCUUCUUCUUACUACUCCAACAUCAUUGAAGUGAAAGGUCUAUGAAUGGAUCAAAACAAAUUUGUGAUAAUAAAAAGAAGAAUCCAGAAAAGUCAAGCAGCAGAGAUAUGUUUCAUAUGGAGAUACUUUUGUUUUUGUCCAACAUCUGAUGACUUCCCAAAUUUGGAGCUAGCCAGCACAAAUCCUUUAGAGCCAUGUGACAAUGUCAUCAGGGUGGUGCAAUGUUUCUCUAUGUAAUAAAUUAGGAACGGGAGGAAAAUAUUAUUGAGUAAUUGUAGAGAGAAUUAAAUGUACUGUAUGUAUGUUCCUCAUCUUAUUUUCCUACUGGCAGUAAAUAAAUAAUACUGUUGUAUUUGUAUUCCUU